UAUAUAUGUGUGUGUAAAUAGCGUGUUCACGAUGGCCCUCACAAUUCAAGACAUCAGGGUAAAGGACAUUGAAAAACGGAAACUUCCAUCCAAGCACUAUGCGUACAUUAUCGAGGUCGAAUGGAGUAACAAUACCAAAUCGAUGAUAGGUAGACAAUACAGUGCGUUCUUCGAUUUUCAAAUGUCACUUUUGGAGUUAUUUCCGGUAGAGGCAGGCCAGAGAGAUCCCAGACAACGUCAGAUUCCAUUCCUACCUGGCAAAUUAUUAUUUCGACGUUCGAACACCAGAGAAGUUGCAUUGAAGAGGCUCAGACCCAUUGCAGAAUAUUGUAUUGGAAUUUCAAAACUGCCCAAACACAUUUCUGAAAGCGAAGUUGUAGUGGAGUUCUUCACACCAACCGAAGAAGACAAAUCCACUAUAAGAAGAACAAGUGUUUCACCAGAGAAACAGUCAGGCGUGAAGACAGCAAAUGAAAUCACCGGACCUGUAACUUUUGACAAAUAUAUUGCAAUCGCUGAAUACACAAAAGAAAACAAGAAAGAACUAAGCUUGAAAGAAGGACAAGUUGUCGAAGUUGUGGAAAAACACGAAAAUGGAUGGUGGUUAGCAGCAAACGAGGAAGGCAUGAGCGGUUGGGUUCCUGGAGUUUAUCUGGAAUCAUUAUACGGAGAGACGGCGGUUCAAUCAAGCAAGAGAUUGAAACCAGGAUCAGGUGAGAUGUAUGAAGCCAUCACAGAUUUCAAAGCAAGUAGUUCUGAUGAAAUGAGUUUCAACUACAGUGACGUCGUUGAGGUUCUAGAGAAAAAUUUAGAAGGAUGGUGGUAUGCGAGGCGGGACGAUGCAGAGGGAUGGGUUCCAGCAACAUAUCUUGAAAAAUCCAAUGCAACAACAACAACGAAAUAUACACCUACUCGUGUGAGACCAGGUUUUGAUGCAAAAGCUAAGUGGCGAAAAAGCAUCGAGAAAGCGAAAAAACCUCCUCCAAAAAGACAAACAGUCAGGAGAACGCUGACACAAGCAGCCGCAGCAAGAGUGCAGAACGAUUUUACCGCAAAGAUGAUAAAACAAGAAUCUAUAAUAGAAGAAGAUGAUGAAGAAGAAUUUGCUGGAAUUUAUAAAACAAUCGCAUCGUUUGAUUCAACAAUUCCAGAUGGGAUCAGUUUUGAUAAAGAACAAACAGUUUAUGUAACGCAGAAAUCUUGAGCUGGUUGGUGGUACGGUAGAAUUGGAGACGAACGAGGCUGGGUUCCAGAAACUUAUCUCAUCCAGAAAACACCAGAACAAAGCCCUAAGCCUCGGCCACCGAGGCCUCCCGCGCCAAAAGCUGGAAACGGCUCAAAAAAUGGAAGCGGUCAGAAAUCAACCACAAAACCUAACGGAAAACUUAUCCCUCUUACAAAGUUUGAAGACGUUGUGAGCGAAGUCUUUAGCAAAGCAGAAUGGAAAAGAAAAGAAUCGCCUCUACCACCAAAACCUACGUCACCGAGAAAUAGUCCGUUGCCAGAACCAAAAAAAAUAGAUCUGAGUGUCUACGACUGGUACAGAGAUGUAUCAAGACAGGAGGCGGAAGGUGCGCUGGUUUGCGAAGGACAGGAAGGAUAUUUCAUUAUACGGCCAAGCCAACGUGGAGCUACUCAAGGAAAGCCUUAUUCACUUACACUAUUUCAUCAAGGAAUAGUUUGGAAUUUUCACAUUAGAUUUCGCGCAGAUCAAAAGUAUGCUCUCGGCGUUUACAAAGAUUCAGAACCUUGUUUUUCUCGGUUGCCAGAUUUAGUUGAAUAUUAUCAACAGAAUCCAAUGUUAAUCGGAGAGGAAGAACGAAAAGUGAAACUCGUUGAUACUCCACAAGAACUUUAUGCUAUCUGUUAAAUGCGAAGUUGUUUCAAACAAAAGUAACUAGAUAUACUUUCACUCUCUCUCUCUCCUUCGAUCUAUCUCUCGCUCUCUCACUCACACCCUUUCUUAACCUAUCUAUUUUAUAUCCGCACAUCUUUUACUUUAUUGCAUGUAUAUCAUGAACGUUGGACGCCGAUAUUUGAUUUACAUUAUCGUUAUUUCGAAUCGUGUCUGUUUUUAUACUUGUGAACUGCUCGUACGUUUUGGAUGAAUUUAAUUGCUAUUAAACGUCAAUAAAAUAAUUAUCAACCUG